AGCCACCAUCUUUGUGUAUUUUGUUCAAUGGAGUGUUGGGUGUCAUACGAAGGCAUCGCGAUUCCCGUCCAGGGAGGACGUUAAUAGUUGCGACAUCUGUGCAGUGAAAAUGUGCAGAUAUUUAAGAACUGGAUUAUAUAACCAAAUAUGGCGAUAACUUAGUGGAUUUUGGAAAAUACGCUGUUCUCCGGUACUGGGGAAGCAAAUGAUGUCUUUGAGGCGUUGCAAUGAAGCUGUAAACUUCUAAGGUGUUUUUAGCCUUUAGUCGUCCUCAAAGACGCCGCGGACUAUUCCAUGAUGGAGCUGUAUAUUGAAACGCUAACGGGCACUUUCUUCGAGCUUAGAGUAUCGCCUUUCGAGACGAUUAUGUCUGUAAAGGCAAAAAUUCAACGGCUCGAAGGAAUUCCGAUAGCACAACAGCACCUCAUCUGGCAGUCCAUGGAGUUGGAAGAUGAAUACAGUCUCCACGACUACAGUAUCCAUGAUGGGGCAACACUUAAGCUGGUGUUGGCUAUGAGGGGUGGACCCAUCAACACACGCAGGAUUCCUAUGGAGGAUCCCACACUCAGGGAAAUGGCAGAGUAUGUAGAGGCAAACCGUGACGAGAUCUGGGAGAAAGUUCCAGGAAAUCGUCAGGUGACUCUACUCGUGUUCCGUGAGGGUGACCAGCUGAACUUCUUUCGUGUUGUGGACCGAGGUGAUGGGACCCUCACCCCAUUGUCAGAGUCUUUGAGUGGUGCAUCAAUGUACAAUUUCAAUGACGAGGAAGAAGAGGACGAUGUUCCUCCAAAGGAGAAAAUGGAAGAGAAUGAACAGCUGAAGGAGAAGAUGAAACAACUGCGUGGCAAGAUGGAGAAACUCACACUAACGAAAAAGCCAAGAAAGAAACCACAUCCCCCAACUUCUGGUCACUCUAAUGGAAGGGCUGCCACACGAUACCGACAGCUUCCAAGUUCUGGAAGAAGCCUCCCAGUAGGUCAUCACCUAAACCGAAAGUCGUGCCUUCCCCCUGUGGGACACACACUAGCCUCACCUUUUUCCCCUGAGGAGCGCCUCAGUCUCACAUCAAUGGGAGGCAAGGAUAGCUUUGCCUCCAUUAAGUCAUCUGAUAAUGACAUAUCCACCUUGGAUCUUGGUGGCGCUAACUCCAAGUCACCUCACAGCAUGAGACACUUGGAGAGUGCAGAGGGUGGAACCAAGUUAAGCCGAACAUUAGAAAGUGUUAAGGAGGACACUGGUACAGGUAGUGAACAUAACACCGCUAGAAAAAUCAAAGUUGACUCACCUGAGGGAGCUAAGUGUGAUGAAAAAGAUCGGUUGCUUUCUUCUACAAAGGAAAGUAGUCCAAAACUCUCAGAUAUUGCAGCCUCUAGUUCCAUAUCACAUGAAAGUCAAAAGAUAGAUUACUUAGGGGCUGAUGGUAAAGAUCUACAACGUCUUGGUCACGUGGGAAAUGUACAGGAAUCUAGUUCUCGGCCAAUCACUAGUAGCAAAAUGAAAGACCUCGCAUUGGAAAGUUUCAAGGAUAGUCUUAGACCUCCUACAUCGUCUAAAAAUAAACAGAAACUGAAAGGAAGUGAUCUCACUAUAGAAAGUCUGAAGGAAGUGCUAGGUAGACCAGCUACGUCAUCAAGGGACUUAACUCUGGAAAGUUUACAAGAAACCUUUGGUCGGCCAACCACAUCAUCCCGGUACAAGGGACUGGAACGACGGAAAGAAAUAACAUUAGAAAGUUUGAGUACAAGUGAGGCACGUGCCAUGUCGGGACUUUUAAGACAAGCAUCAUUAGAAAAAAUUGGCUCGUCACGGAUAGGAAAUAUAAGUAACUUUGUACCCAGUGGUAGCAAGUCUCGUUUGUCUAAUUACACGUUUGGAAGUCCUGCCUUACCUGAUGGAAGGAUCACCACGCCUGAAGGGCGGCUAGUGUCUGCCAGACUGCAGCGUGUGACAAACAGUCGAGAUGGUCGUCUUCUGUCUCCUUCACACAGACUUCCACCCGUCAAACCAAAAAAGAAGGUCACUAAGCGUUGCUUUGUUUGUGGUAAAAAGACAGGACUUGCAACAAGCUAUAUUUGUAGGUGUGGAAAUAACUUCUGUGCUACACACCGGUAUGCAGAGUCACAUGAAUGUACAUUUGACUACAAGACAGAGGGACGGAAGCUACUGGAGCAGAGCAAUCCGGUCGUCAGUGCCCCCAAGCUUCCAAAGAUAUAACUCAGGAUUCAACCACAUUCUGUAGGACUGGCCUCCAAACAGCGGAUUUUGUAGCCUUGUGUUUUGUCUCUUUCUCUCCUGCCUGAGCUUGGGAAUUAAUUUUUGGCACUAAUUUUUCUUUUUUUUCCUGAUAAAUAUUUACUAUUGUUAGAUGCAGUGAGAUUUUUCACCACUGUUACAAAAGUAAUGUAACCACUGUUUAUUCUUCUAAAAUACUUGCAUGAAAAUUGAAAAUAUACAUUAGCUUGACUUUUUCAGUCUUGUUGAUAUGCGAUCUUUGUUUGAUUGUUUUUUUUUUUUUAAAAAAACAAUCACUUAUCUCUGACGAAGUAUUUUUAUACAAGUUCAUAUUAUUCAGAGAGAAGAAAGGUAUUGAGAAAAGAAACCCCAAAUCACUUUCAAUUGGAGAAAGGGAGCUAUUUUCUGUGGUGUGUUGUAGCAAACAGGUGUAUAAUUUUGGAAUGUUCUGAAAAGGUGAUUGAUGAUUGUGAUAGCUUAUAUUUUAUAUUUUUAUCAGUCUUUCAUGUUUUUCCCACAUUAUAGGGAACUGUUUAUUAAGUGUACAAAUCAUUAUUUUACUAUUUUAAUACAAAUCUUUCAUUUUCCUCUUUUAAUGUUUUUUUUUUUUUUUUUUUAGAAAUAUGAAUUAAACUUAAAUAUUGUAAUGAUCUGCUUUUGGCAGAGGUUAUUUUAUCUUUAAUGAAAACUCUGUGUUUCAUUAGUGUUUUAUGUUUUUUGAAGUCCAAAGUUUUGUUUGGAUGAAAUAUGUUGUUCAAAAUAUAAAGGCUUUUUAUUUACAAGAUCAAAUAACCUUCUGAAGAAUAUGAUAAUAGAGGUGAUACUUACACUUUUUGUUAUGGAAAGUUGAAGCCAGACCAUGGAUUUUUAGUUUCAUUGUUGUAAUGUCUGUUUAAAGUGAAAACCAAAAAAAAGAUUGUUUUUAAAUGUCACAAAGUCUAAAAAUCAUCGUCACUUUCCAUGAAGUAGAACAUAGGUAUACAUCUCUGUAUGUCUUUUUCAAAAAUUACAGAUCUUCUUACUACUGAAAAUUUUAUAAUGACAAGUCGUUUCAGUAAAACUGAUGUGCGAAAAUUUUUAAACCUCUUUUCCUUUUCUUAAUUAUGAAGACAUAAAACAGAAUGUAACGAGUUUGUUGGUUUGUUUGUUGUUUUGUUUAUUUUAUAUAGAGAAUCUGGCUUAUUUUUUUAAUUAUGAAAGAUAGCCUUUAUUCGAACAACUUCUAUACACACUAAUUUGUUGCAUAUGUAUACUUGUCACACAGUGAAGCAGGGAUGUCCACUUGAUUCUGUUGUUUUAACUGUUUGGCAGUACACAACAUAAGUUAUCUGUAUAGGUAUAUGUAUUUUUCCUGGAAAUGUCAGGCCAAAUAUUUACUGGGUCAUUUACAACUACAAGAAGUGAUUAAAAAAUCAAAAUUAUAGAACCAUAUUUACAGCUUCGAUAUUUAAAUGUAUUUAUAAUAUAAAACCAGAUGAUUUAAAAAUUCAUGACAGUUCAUUACAGAAAUACAAGGUAGCAUUUUGAUCUGCAUUUUAAAUUGUACAAUUAUUAACAGUGAUUUACGUCAGAUAUUGUUUCACCUCAAAAAUAUCUGAUGUGUAACACAAGUCAAAAAUCAUUCCAUUUGAUAAUGUUUGAAAAGGACAUGGUUUGAAUGAUUUGUUGAUGCUAAUGUCUUUUCAGGUCAUUUUCGUCCAUCUGUCUGUCUGUCUAUCUCAUAAAAAGUAUUGUUAAUGAUAUUUCUUAAAAUCUCCUGUUGUGUUUUUUUGGUAUCUUUAGAAGAUAUUGAAGAUAGCAACCAGUUGUAUAUGCCACAUAUUGAACAUCAUUAGAUUAGAAGUUAGUGUUUUGAUGGCAACUCUGAAACCUUUUUGGUCAAUUUCAACAAAACUUGAUAUGCAUAAUUAGGACACCAGAAAGUUGUGAAUCAAACUUUUCAAAAUGUAACUUGUCUCUGAUUGGGGUCUGGUGCGGACAUCUCCUUUUAAACUAUUGAAUCAGUUUCAGCAAAAAAUCUAGCAAGAUAAUUACGACUGCAUUGUUAAAAUUGUUUCUCAAACUGCUAUCUCUGGUGAAAAUGUUAUCUCACAAGUUAUUUCUGAACAACAGAAGAGGAAUGGUGAAAUAUACAUAGAACCAAUGAAGAUUUGGUGAUGGUGGGCGCCAAUAUUCCUAAGAUCUAAAAUUUCAAAUAUAUGAAAUAAUGAUGAAUGCCAACCAUGGUGGAUAUAUAUCUCAGUUACAUGAAAUUGUACUGUUUUCAGAUUUAAAUAUACUCAUAAUUACCUUCAAGAUAUGCAUACAUUGUCUAAUAUGAAUAAGUUCAUAUGAUUGCAUGUUGAUGUAAGCAGUGCCAAAUAAAAUGAGCUUUCCACCAUUCAUUACUCCACAACAUGUUCACUGAAAUAAUUAACAACUUUUGACAGAAUUGCUAAUUGUGAAACAGAAUUGAAGAUAAAAUGUUUGAAUAUUAGUCAAAGUGUCUAAGCAAUGAAUUUUUCAUUUGAAUGAAAAUUAUGGGACAUUCUGAAAUAGCAGACUUAGCGAUCACUCAGGGAACCUGUGACUGGUUCAAUGUGAUUAGAGACUGGUACUUGAUUAUGAUAGCUGUGUAGUGCCUCAGAAUCCGCUAUAAGCAUUAUAUAAGUACAAUGUAUGUUAACUUUUAAGGAAAUCAUGAAACAAAUGUAAUUUCUUUUUUGUUUUCUGUUAAUUAGUGAUUGUUAGAGAAUGUUAGCAAUAACCAAUUUAAAUGCAUCUUACUCAUCCAGGGGAGAUAACUCUCUUAGGUUAUCUCCCUUAUUUUAUGUGUUUAUGUAAGGUGCAUGCAUACAUUGUAUGCAUUGGGUGUAACUUGUGGACAGAUAAUUGAGUGUGGAAUAAACAAGUUGACUAUAAA